AUGCCGAACCUCUGCGUCUCCUGCACCUUCAACCCGCCGAGUAUCACGCUGCUCGGCUCCACCAUCCGCGAAGACACCGUGCGCGCGAUGGAGGCUCAACUCCCUCUUGCGACGUCGACUGCUGUGAAUCCUAGCAAGGAUCCAGUCAAGUUCAUCUUCCUCUCGAAUCCUGAUCACUGGCGCAUGGAUCUGAAUCAGCACUUCUGCGACGAACUCCACAAAUCCUCGAUUUUCCUUGUGAUUCUCCAGUCCCUUGAGGAGGAGGGCUGGCGUCUUCGCGCCUCGAACAACGUGUCCCGCAAGGAAAAUGAUGGUGAGACGGUAAAGCUCUUCUUUACGCGCGCGUAA